AGCUGCCGAUCGGCGCCGGGACAAAGGCGCGGCCGCCCGGCGCCCCGAGCAGCCCGAGCCGGGGCGCACAGCCGGGGCGCAGCCCGCGCCCCCCGCCGCGACUGACAUGAUGUUUCCACAAAGCAGGCAUUCGGGCUCCUCGCACCUACCCCAGCAACUCAAAUUCACCACCUCGGACUCCUGCGACCGCAUCAAAGACGAAUUUCAGCUACUGCAAGCUCAGUAUCACAGCCUGAAGCUGGAAUGUGACAAGUUGGCCAGCGAGAAGUCGGAGAUGCAGCGUCACUAUGUGAUGGUAAAGUCACUCCACCCCCAGGCGGAGAUCGUCAAGAGGCUGAACGGGAUUUGUGCCCAGGUCCUGCCUUACCUCUCCCAAGAGCACCAGCAGCAGGUCUUGGGAGCCAUCGAGAGGGCUAAGCAGGUCACCGCCCCCGAGCUGAACUCCAUCAUCCGACAGCAGCUCCAAGCCCACCAGCUGUCCCAGCUGCAGGCCCUGGCCCUGCCCCUCACCCCACUGCCCGUGGGGCUGCAGCCGCCCUCACUGCCGGCGGUCAGCGCGGGCACCGGCCUCCUCUCGCUGUCUGCGCUGGGGUCCCAGGCCCACCUCUCCAAGGAAGACAAGAACGGGCACGACGGUGACACCCACCAGGAGGACGACGGCGAGAAGUCGGAUUAGCAGGGGGCCGGGACGCGGAGGGUGGGGGGGGACAGAGGGGAGACGGAGACGCUGAGAGAAAGGGAUGUGUAACACACGACACGGCGAGCUGGGAUUGGCGAGACUCCCAGAGUAUGUACGGCGGCGCCCCAGCCCGGCUUGCAGGCCACCCCUAGCUUUCUUCCCACCCCGGUCCCGGCCUCCCUCCUCCUCCCCUGCAGCCCGGAUAGGUGGGUACCUGCCCCGACACGCGAGGCAAGCUAAGGCCUAGAGGGUCAGAUGGGAGCCCAGGUCCCAAGGGAGCACGUGCUGGCCAAGUCCAGCACCCCCGUCACUUCCCCCGUUUUGAACACGUGUCACUGACGGUCUGCCCGGGCCCCUCGGGGCACACGCCACAGCGCGCUCACCCUGGUACUGCAUGCACGCAACGCUAGCCGCCCCCUUCCCGUCCUGGGCACCCCGAGUCUCCCCUGACCCCGGGCCCCAGAUAGGCUCCCACCUCCACAUCCUGCCCCCCCCACCACCUCUGCUAGUUCCAGACGCCUCUAUGCCCACCUGGCCCUCUCCCGUCACCCACAAAAGAGGGGGCACAGGGGGAGUGAGCUGAGCUGGGAGGAGCAGGGUGAGGGUGAGCAACCCAGGAUUCCCCCUCCCCUUCCCAAAUAAAGAUGAGGGUACUAAAGUUGUCUUGGUUUUUAUUUUAUUAUUUUUUUUUCUUUUUCCAGUAUACUAGCUUGUCUCUUAAGAAGGGGAUAUUAAAAAAAAAAAAAGACAAAAUGUUUUUUAAAAAAAAGCAACACCCACACCUGUGUCUGUAUAUAGUCAGCUUAUGAUGUGUUCCGUCGUUUGAUCUCUGCAGAGAAGUGGAAGUGCCGUAUCAAGGUGGGCUUAGCUGUGCCUUUCAAAUAAAGAUGUGAGAAGGUUCA